CCUGGAGAGCAGAAGAAGACACACUUAAUCUCAUUUUGAAUGCCUUUGCAAGGAGUUUGCUGGUUUCUGUGCUGCAGGCAGGGCUUCAGUUUGCUCGGACGGGACUAUGGGGAGAAAGAGGAGGAAGAGUCUUUUGAAUUGCGCAACAAGGAGGACUUGACUCCCAAUGGACGGACUCCAGCUGAGGUGACUGUUUCUCAGCCAACUCGCACAGCCAAUGGAACAAAUGGGCACACUGUCUCAGAGGCGCCUGACGAGAUGAAGAGUCUGAUCAUUGAGAAGAAUAAGAUGGGCCUGGAGGAAGAGCCUGAGCUGCUGGUGAAAGGUUGGCUCUUACGGGAGGUGCGAGGGAACUGGAUCAAGCAGCGUCGGUACUGGUUUGUGCUGAGCCAGGACUCCCUCGACUACUACAGCGGACCGGAGAAAGGCGCCCGCCGACUGGGCACGCUGGUCCUCACCAACCUCUGCUCCGUCAUCUGGCCAGACAAGCAGACAUACAAGGAGACAGGUUACUGGAGCAUUACAGUUUAUGGGCGGAAACACUGCUACAGGCUGUACACUAAGCACUUCAAUGAGGCUGUGCACUGGGCUUGUGCCAUCCAGAAAAUAAUUGAUACCAAAUCGCCCGUGGAAACGCCAACACAGCUCCUGAUCCGAGACAUCGAGGAGAACAAGUUCAACCCCGAGGUAGUGGAACACAUCUACCAGCACAAUCCCAUCCUGAAGUACACCCAGGGACCCCUGUAUGCUCCUCUUCUGCCCUUCCCCUAUGGCAGUCUGGAGCACACCUACCACAGUGGGAAAGGCUACGGCUCUGUGCGUGAGGAGGCCGUGAAGCUCUUCAACUGCCUCCAGCAGCUGGAAUCGGCACGAGAGCCGGUUCCCAUCAUCCAGGGCGUGCUGCAGACCUGCCUGGACCUGCGCCCCCUCCGCGACGAGGUCUACUGCCAGCUGGUGAAGCAGACCAGCUACACACCUUCACCGUACACUGCUGCACAUCUCCGUUACUGGCAGCUGCUCACCUGCAUGAGCUGCACCUUCCUGCCUGGGUCCACCGUGCUCAAGUACCUGCGAUUCCACCUCAAGAGGAUCCAGAGCCAAAGUCCAGAGUCGGAGAUGGAUAACUAUGCGUCAUUCAUCAGCGAGGCUCUGGAGAAGACCAAGUGUCGGGAGUGUGUGCCAUCCUGGGAGGAAAUCCAGAUGCUGAUGAGCCGACAGGAGAUGCUGUGCACGGUGCACUAUCCUGGCCCCGGAUCCUGCCAGCUUUACAUCAGCUCACACACCACUGCCAAUGAGGUGGUUCGGAGGAUGCAAGAGAAGCUCGGCCUACAAGAGAGCAAAAACACAUUUGCACUGUAUGAGCAGAAUGCACUGUGGGAGCAGCCGGUCACAGGGAGUGCUCUGAUCGCAGACGUCCUGACCAGCUUCACCACCAAAGAGUCUGAGUCUAAAUCCCAGUGGAAGCUGUGUUUCAAGCUCUACUGCCUGUUGGAUGCCGACAGCAUAUCUGUGGACAGCAUAGAGUAUUUCUUCCUCUUUGAGCAGUGCCAUGAGAUGGUGGUUCGUGGUCAACUGCCAGCCUGUGAAGAGGACCUGCAAGCGUUAGCAGCCCUGAGGCUUCAGUGCUUGAUGGGUGACUUCAGCACGCACGCCCCAUGCCCGCCUCUGGAUGAGCUUUUCCCAGGUCACAUGCUUGAAACUCGGGUUCUUAUGUCUCUUGCUGCCCCGCAAGCUAUGCCUCCUUGUCAGGUGGCGGCCCAGGGGUGUCCCACCACACAGCGUUUUCCUACGGGCCUCCUGGCGGGGACGCUGUGGAGCCACACGGCUACAGUGGCGCACAAGCAAAAGGUGGAGCAGGACAUGCGUCUGCGGAGCCGGCUGAAAGAAGAGGCAGCAGCCGUCAUGGGAUCCAUCUUAGAUCGAUGGAAAGGUCUGGCCGGCUACAGCCGCAGAGACAGUAUGGCCGCCUACCUCACAAUUGCACGCCAGUGGUCGGGCUUUGGAUGCACUCUGUAUGAAGUCGACUUUUAUAUUAGUUCAACAGGGAGUUUUUCCCAGAAGCUGUGGCUGGGUGUAGCUGCUACAUCCGUUUCCCUGUAUAAGCAGGGAGAAUCUGAGGCCUUGGAGUCCUUCCCUUAUGGCCAGAUUUGCUCUUACGGCGUAUCUGACAGCAACACCUUCAAGAUCACAGCUGGGGAUCGGGAUCUGCUAUUUGAAACCACCAAGCUGACUGAGAUCAUGCAGCUGAUGAAUGCGUAUUUCAGUGCCAUCCGUCGCCAGCGAGGAAAAGGGGAAGGUGCGGACAUCACCAUCACAGAAAGAACAGAGGUGGGCUUCCAUCAUCUGGUCUCGACACCCACGCUCCUGGAGCUGCCCUCCCACCCCGUUUGAAAGGAGGGACCCGUGAUCAGACAACCUACAACCUACCCCCCCCCCCCCCCCCCCCCCCCCCCCCCCCCCGUGAGGCCCAGUCAGUCCUCAGGACCCAGCGCCUCGUCCGCUGGGAAUGGCACAGCAGCCAAAACAAAGAGAGGGCUGUUUUCACUCCCCAUCCAUGAAAAUAAACCCUCACUGAGCUUUCCAGCUGAAGGAGCCGGCCAGUGGAGGAGGGGAGGGGAACGGGAAGGCAAGGGGUUCUGUUUUGCAAGUGAGGCCAGAAACCCACAGAAACCAAUGUGGUCGCUGAUGAGGUGUCACACACCUCCCCCCCACCCCAUCCUGUCACGCAACCGUUACCCUACAUGGCAAUACCCUCACCACCCCCACCCUCCUUGACAAUGCGAGAUGUUGAGCCUUACUACAGCAGGGCGUAACGGCAUCGCAAGAGCCGACGGUAACCGUAAGCUGUGGUGCCCCCCCCACCACCAAGAACACUACUCUCUCUCCGUUUUCUCUCUUCAAGUGUGCCAUAUUUGUAUUGCCUUUCCUAGAAGGCAGUCAUCCCUCAUGCACUGCUGGAAUAGUGUUGAGAACAUUCAGUGACACACACACACACCCUCCGUGUCUUUGCCACACAUACACACUGACUCACUCUCUCAUAUGCCCUUAUGCUGACAUGUUCAUCAGAGACAGUCAGUUUUCAUAAGGUCCCGGGCUGGGCUUGCAUUACCUGGAACUGUUGAUGCAGUGAGCCAUGUGAACUUGGAACUGGAAACAGAUGUUGAACUCUGUAGCUAAGUCACUUUGGCUGCCAUAAAGCCUCUUACCUAUGGGAUUAUCAGAUGUGUGUGUGCGUGCGCGCAAGUAUGUGUCUAUUUGAUCAAGAAAAACCAUCUCCUUGAUGACACAUUCGGGAUCUGGGUUAAUUGUUUCACAGAAACCAAAGGAUUUUGGAGCUAUUUCUACAUUGUUUCCACCAAAUGCUCUGACUCGUCCUUUGUUGUGCUGCUUGUGUUGGCUGUAAUCCUUGACAUGAAACUUGGUUAACACUUGACUGAUUAGAUAAUUUUGCUUUAUGUCAGUUACUAUCCUAAUGCAGCUCUGUUCUGCUGAGAAUAACAGGUGCUUCUUUGUUUGUUAUUUUCACAAUGUAUAUACAAUGGAAGAAAUUGGACUUAGCCCCAGUCAGUGAUGUGGAUCAUGUAAGAACUGACUCCAUAUUUACCAUGCAGUGCCCCAUCUGCUCCUGCUAUUUAAACAAAACCUAUCCUAAUCAGGCCAUGGAUGCUUUUCUAGUAUUGUUUAUACAGAAUUUGCAUUUUUUUUAAACUUUCCCUCAUGUCUUAAUUGCAAACCCAGAUGUAUUUUAAUACUAGAUUUGAUUUAAAUGAUCAGUCUCAUAUGCUGUUGGCUCUGUUCUUUAAAGCAGCUUUUAUGUAUAAAUCCUGUGUAGCUCCCUCUUUGCAUUCACGAUUUGAGUAUUCUUGUGAAACCAAAGUUUUGCCAAGUCAUGGGUUUGAGCAUGGACCAAAGAUGUUUAGUUUUUUUUUUUUUAAUAUGUUUUUACAACAAGAAAAUAGCCCAAUGCAGACAGAUCUCACAAUUUAUAUUCAACUGUUUUCACUUUCAUUCAUUUUUCUUUCAAUAUGAAACAUCAUAAAACCUUUUUUUUUUUUUUUAAAUAAAUUGUAGGAACGACUAUGUAGGAAUUUAAGGCCAUAGAAUCUUUGUAAAGAUAAUACAACACUGUCUGCUACACAGCCCCAUGCAAUAAUCAGCCUCAAAACUUAACUCACCAAGGAAGGCCUUGACAAGUCAUUGCACAGUCAGCCAUCUCCUGCUCAGAAGCAGGUCUUUGCUUUUUCUACUGCAGCUGCAGGCAGCUCCAAGCUAUAUGUAUGAAAAGAAAAAAAAAAUCAAACUGCAGAUGUAUUUGCUUUGUAUUAAGCUUGUUUGUAUGCUGCAUGGUACCUUUUUAUGUAAUGUGUAUAGUGAAUUGCACUAUUGUUUUUAACUAACUUGGGAGUGCAAUAAAAAAAACCUAUAAAUACUGUAUGUAAUUAAUAAAAAAAAAGCACCAUUUUAA